GUUUGGGUUAGCCUGAGUCUCUCACUAGCCCCGAGACUGCAGCAUGGUUCAACUCUUUCCUGGCCUCUCUAUGACCAAUCGUUAACCCCGCGCUUUUCACCUCUGUAUCCGACAUGCUUGAAGAUUCUCUUCAAGCGACGCUUCCCAAGCUUAUCCAUGGUGUUCGCGUCGCGGACAUCGGACAAGGUUCCGAGCCCCUUCGCAUCCUUGGCAUUCGUUCUUUGAAUGCUGAUGAGACCAAUGGCAUGAAACCAGAAGACGGAGAUUUUGUCAAUCUCGAGCUUGCCGUCGCGUACAAAGCACGAUCUGCUGGCCAGGAUGCUCGGCGUACAGGCCCUUCGCGUAAUGCCCAUCUUCUUGUGGAGUUUUAUCUAUCCGGAGGGAUAGUUUUGCCCGUGUGGGUCGAGCUUACCGGCCUUGUUGCCAAAACGCGUCUGAGAGUACAAUUAAUGCCAAACCCACCCUUUCUGUCAAUCAUGACACUCACGUUGCUGGGACAGCCGAAGGUUGAAAUCCAUUGUACUCCGUUGGCGAAGAACUUUUUAAAUAUCAUGGACAUUCCCGGAUUAUCAGGUUGGUUACAAAACGCGAUCGAUAUGGCUGUCGGACAGUAUGUCGCACCAAGGAGCUUGAAUUUGAAUCUCAAAACGUUGCUAGCCGGGAAGGAGAAGACAGACACUGAUGCUAUGGGGGUGGUUAUCGUCACCUUGAAGAGCGCUGAAGGCUAUAGGAAUGGGGACGAAGGCAAGUUCUGGCUAUCUAAAAAGCAGAAACGGGGGGAUCCAUACGUGUCGGUUGGCUGGAGCAAGUGGGGAAAGCCCCUCUGCUCCACCAGAAUAAUCGAGAACGAAUCCAAACCCGUGUGGGAAGAAACUAUGAUGUUACUAGUCACUCCUGUCGAAAUUCAUGCUCGGGAGAGACUCAGGCUGCAGCUUUGGGAUUCAGACAGGUUCUCGGCCGACGAUAUCCUUGGAACAGUCGAGACGUCGUUGCACGACAUUAUCGAGUCUUCCGAAACUUCGAAUCAGUCAACGGCGCGCCAGGAUGAUCUGGUCGCCUCUGACGGUUCGAAAUGGCCUGGGGUACUGCGCUGGGCUGUCGGAUACUUCUCAAAGACGUCUCUGGAGCAUCAUCUCAAAGAUGUGGUUGCAAUUAACGAAACGAUUGACCAGGAAGAUGAAAGUGGGUGCACGGCCAAGCCGGAGAGAGAUGCUGAGGGUAUAGACACCAGGGAGCAACAACUGAAGGAUCUGAAGGAGAAAGAAGAUGAAAUCAUAGCGAGCUCCAAGCCUUCCGAUGAGUGGCUUAGUGGUAUAUUAUCUGUGAGUAUUGAGCAGAUCACCGAAUUAGAGGUUCAGAAAGUAAGGGAAGGUGGCGCGCUGGAAACUGAAGAUGGCAAUAGUCCUAGUCCGUAUUGCACUAUCAUUAUUAACCAUCAACGGGCGUACAAGACACGGACAAAGAUGAAGACCCGAAAACCAUAUUUCAAUGCGAGUACUGAGCGAUUUAUCAAAAACUGGCUAGACAGUACAGUUAUCAUCGCUGUCCGAGACGCCCGAGUUCAUGAAACCGAUCCUCUACUGGGAGUCGUUGUACUUCCACUGCAGAAGCUUUUCAAGCAUCGAUCACAUAUAACUGACUCUUUCCCUCUUAUUGGAGGAAUUGGAUAUGGGCGACUACGGCUCUCUUUGGCAUUCCGCAGUGUGCAAGCCAAACUUCCUCGCGAGCUUUUAGGAUGGGAUAUAUGCACACUGGAGAUUCAACCAAGGAUCGAAGCCUCCACCGAUCUCCCAGCUAAUCUUGCUUCGUGCCAAUUGAUUGCUGAGACCCUGUACGGACGUCGAAAACUAUACCCACAUCCUGAUGGCGGCUGGAAAGCGACAAUCGAGAGCCGUUCUGUGUGUUUGGCGGUCAAGAAUCGUUACGCGUCUUGCCUGUUCAUCCAGUUCCGGAAGCGUGUGUUGGGUCCUGAUGUUAUUCCGGCGUUCUCGACGCUUUGGCUGAAAGACAUUCCCGAUGGGGAAGAGCUUACCACGACACUUGCCGUAAGGAAGAAUGUGAAUGACGCGCUUACCCGGGCACGAUUCAAUGCUUCAAACGAUAUUGGAGAGCUGGUAGGAAGUAUUGUUGUGAAGGUGAAGCUAUGGCCGGGCUUGAGUGGCUACCAUCGGUACAUGGCUGAUAAAGACGCCUCCCUGGCGGAGGUGAUGGAAGUGAUGGAUUGUGCAGAAGAGUCGCAUGACGACAACGAACGGGAUCUCUUUUACGAGUCUGAUUCGUCGGCAUCAUCAGUGUCGAGCACAUCUGGGUCGUUGGAUGGUACCAUUGAUGGUAUAAAAAAUCAUUUCAAGGACUAUCAAAAGAGGAAGGGAGAGUUACACAGGAAGCAUCGCGGGCUGAUGCAAUGGAAGGGAGUUAGGAGUAUUGCUUGGCUUGGGCGUAGUGUCGAGAACAAGGCAGACGAGCUGGAGCACAAGCUUAAAGGGAAACUGAAGCACCAGCAGAAAGAGAUGGGGAUAGAGAAAGAGGUUUGAGCUGACGAUUUACCUGGAUAGGAUGGACGCUUCUACUGAGCACUGUUAUUCUUAAGAGCAACUAUAUUGACACGUGACAUCAUAGAGUCUGUCCGCCUUCACCUUCACUUGUACUACUACUACUACCAUGAUCUGGGAAUUCUAUUACCCUGAUGACUUUGACUCGACUAGUACAGAUACGACAGCCUCGACGCCCCCGUCUUUCUGCAACUCUGAGGGUGAGGGUGAGGGUGAGGACGCUCAGAGUCGACCCCGCGAUAAGAUCACUUUUAUCGACGAAACU